AUGGGUAUUCCCGCCGCUUUCCGAUGGCUUUCAAAUCGAUAUCCCAAAAUCAUCUCCCCAGUGAUAGAGGACCAGCCUAUCACUAUGGAUGAUGGAACAACGAUUCCUGUCGAUACGACGAAGCCCAACCCAAACGGCGAGGAGUUCGACAAUCUCUAUCUUGACAUGAACGGCAUCGUCCACCCUUGCUCCCACCCAGAAGAUAGGCCUGCACCAAAAGAUGAGGAGGAAAUGAUGCUUGAGGUCUUCAGAUAUACUGACCGCGUUGUGAACAUGGUACGACCGCGAAAGAUUUUGAUGAUUGCUGUUGAUGGUGUUGCACCUCGAGCGAAGAUGAACCAGCAACGAUCCCGACGCUUCCGCGCAGCCCAAGAAGCCAAGGAGAAAGAAGCAGACAAACAAGAACUAUUAAAGCUUUUGAAACAGCAGAAUGGCGGCACUCUACCCCACGAAAACGCCGAGACAAUCGCCAAGAAAGCAUUCGACUCUAAUUCAAUCACCCCCGGAACGCCUUUCAUGGACAUCCUUGCCACUAGCUUGCGAUACUGGUGUCAAUAUAAACUGAAUACAGAUCCUGGAUGGGCGAAACUCAAGGUUUUGAUAUCUGAUGCAACGGUUCCAGGAGAAGGCGAGCACAAAAUCAUGUCAUUUGUUCGGUCGCAGAGGGCUUCCCCUGACCAUGACCCGAACACACGCCACGUAAUCUACGGUCUUGAUGCAGAUCUGAUCAUGUUAGGUCUCGCGACCCACGAGCCUCAUUUCCGAGUUUUGCGCGAGGAUGUUUUCUUCCAGCAAAGUAAAACAAGAACCUGCCAAUUGUGCGGGCAGAAGGGCCACGAAGCCCGUAACUGCCGAGGCGAGGCCAAGGAGAAAGACGGCGAAUUCGACGAGAAGGAUAGCGUGGUUGAGUUGAAGCCCUUCAUCUGGUUGCAUGUGGCUGUUCUUCGCGAGUAUCUCGCCAUCGAGCUCUCUGUCCCGGGUCUUCCAUUUCGAUUUGAUCUGGAGCGUGCUGUCGACGACUGGAUUUUUAUGUGCUGUUUCGUUGGAAACGACUUCUUGCCCCAUCUUCCCGCGUUGGAGAUUCGGGAAGAUGGAAUCGACACAUUGACAGCGAUUUGGAGAGAUAAUCUUCCUUCCAUGGGUGGCUAUGUGACCAAGGACGGCCAUAUAGACAUGGACAGAGCGCAGUGCAUUCUAGAUGGCCUAGCAAGACAGGAGGAUGCCAUCUUCAAAAGGAGAAGGGAGCAAGAGCAACGCCGAGAAGCUAACGCAAAGCGGAGAAAAUUACAAAACGAAGCGAAUUCAGCAAGGAAUGGAGGUCCUGGGGGUAAAAUGAACCCAAAGAAUCAAGACCAUACUGCUCCACAUCUCCUUCACCCCAUCGGCUCGUUUCCGCAAAAGCCUCCUGGUGCACUCACUCAUGAUAUGAUAGUUAACAGAGCUACUGUCCAGGAUGCCAAUGCAGCCAACAAAAGCGCCGCGGAUGUCCUUAAAAAUCGACUGAAAGCGGAGAAGGCUCUCCCUCCCGCCGAGAAAGGAGUUGAUACUCCUGAGAGCCCACCGUCGCUUGGCAAACGGAAAGCUGCCGAGUUUGAGGAGGAUAACGGUAGUACCACGUCUGGGAACCAAACACCUGCCCCGGCAGCAGACGAGGGACCGACUGAUACCGUUCGAAUGUGGGAGGAAGGAUACGCAGACCGAUACUACGAGCAAAAAUUCCACAAGGACCCUUCUGACAUUGAAUUCCGUCAUCAGGUGGGUCGUGCAUAUGCUGAAGGGCUGGCAUGGGUCCUGCUCUACUACUUCCAAGGAUGCCCCUCUUGGGAGUGGUAUUAUCCUUAUCAUUACGCCCCGUUCGCAGCGGACUUCAAGGACCUUGGGAAGAUGGACAUUCGCUUCGAGAAGGGACGAAUUUCUAGGCCGUUUGAGCAACUCAUGAGUGUGCUUCCUGCCGCCUCCCGCCACGCCAUUCCCGAAGUCUUCCACCCGCUUAUGCUGGAGCCCGAUAGCGAGAUCAUUGAUUUUUAUCCCGAAGAUUUUGUAGUUGACCUUAACGGGAAGAAAAUGGCAUGGCAAGGUGUGGCCCUGCUGCCAUUCAUUGACAUGUCAAGACUACUUGGAGCUGUUCAAAAGAAGUAUCCGCUACUCAGUGCUGAUGAUACAAGGCGCAACGACAUCGGCACAGACAACCUACUGUUUUCGGACAGCCACGAGGGCAUUUACGACGAGGUGUUGACUAAUUUUUACUCCAAGAAGCAAGGGGCACCGCAGUUUACGCUGAACUCCAAAACCAGCGGGGGCCUUACUGGCAAAGUCAUCAAACAAGAUGACUAUGUGCCCCAUGGGAUGCUACAAUAUCCUUUGGAUCGAAAGGCCCUUCCGGAUCUUGACUAUGAUCGUUCUAUAAGUGUCAUUUUUGAGAUGCCAGUCACCACACAUACGCACAAAUCUAUGCUCCUGCGUGGAGUCAAGUUGCCAACGGCCCAAUUGACUCGAAGCGAUAUCGAAGUCAUGAAGGGCAAAGCUAGAAGAGGUGGCAGAAGUUACGGGGGCGCUCCCCUGGGCCGACACGACCAAGGUGGUCGAAGAGAGCCGAUCCACUACGGAUCAGAAUCACGGUACAACAAUGGACCACGCGGAGGACACCGGGGCGGUGGGCGAGGCGGAUACCAUGGUGGCCGUGGCUCCUACUCGCAAUACGAUGCUCCGGGUCGAUCCUAUCCAUCUCAUCCUCCAGCAUGGCAACCACCACCACCUGGGGCACCAGGGUUCGGCAUGGGAGUUCCUCCCCCCCCUCCCGGAGUGCACUUCCAGAAUGGCCAUCGCCAGAACCAUGGGCACUCUGGAUCAUAUUCAGGACAUCGAGGGUCCAAUGAUCGUCGUGACUAUCCACCACAGCAUUGGCAGAACGGGCAAAACCGAGACUGGCGUGGCCAGCGGUAA